CGCUGCCCUGUCAUCGUUAACGCGAACCAAUCACCUUUCAUCGCACCGUUUAUCUCAUGUCAUUUUCAGUCAGUGCCACACGGUGGACCGCCUUCAAAUACGUCUAGAGAGAAGCCACCAGCGGACAGUUUCGACACACACUCAUACACACCGGGGCUUGAACGCGCUUCGAUGUCUCCGUCCUCUCGCUCAUCAAACCGAGUUUUUCCUUCCCGCGCGCGAACAACGCCAACCGUCUCACACACGAGAGCCAGCGCGUCGGAUAACGUCCCUUCGGCGGCGAACCAAGUAGCGCACACCGCUGAGUUUUAUGAAUAACGGCAACUCCGUAGCGCACCUAGCUUAGCCGACUAGCCUGCUAGCGCCCCUUUAUGCUAGCGCCAGCAGAAGAAAGGCCAUCUGGGUUAGCCUGACGUCCAGUGUUUCAAAGGAUAGCGCAACGUCUUGGUACAUCGGGGUUCUCGUCACCUGAACCGAGAAGAGUUACAGAACAAGACAACAUCGAGCUAGGAUGGCAUUGAAAAGGAUCAACAAGGAGCUCAGCGACCUGGGUCGUGACCCCCCAGCCCAGUGUUCAGCCGGCCCCGUGGGAGACGACAUGUUCCACUGGCAAGCCACCAUCAUGGGACCGAACGAUAGCCCAUACCAGGGCGGGGUGUUCUUCCUCACCAUCCACUUCCCCACAGACUACCCCUUCAAACCCCCCAAGGUUGCGUUCACGACGCGCAUCUACCACCCGAACAUCAACAGCAAUGGCAGCAUCUGCCUGGACAUCCUGCGGUCGCAGUGGUCCCCCGCCCUCACCAUCUCCAAAGUGCUCCUCUCCAUCUGCUCCCUGCUCUGUGACCCCAACCCAGACGACCCCCUGGUCCCAGAGAUCGCCCGCAUCUACAAAACAGACAGUCAGAAGUAUAACAAACUAGCUCGGGAGUGGACAGAGAAGUAUGCCUUGCUCUAGGAUACAGCAGGAUAGCUAAAGAAUGGACACAGAAGUACGCCAUGUGAUGGGUGGUGAGGACCUGGCCCCCUCAGAUCCAACCCUCUCAUCCCCCCCCCCCCCCUUCUUCUUUUAUCGUCUUUCCUUUUUGUUAAUUACACCUUCUCCCACCUCCCCCCCCCCCCUGUGCGUUCUGAAGAAGAUGGUCUCCCCACCCCCCCCCAGUGUUAGUGAUGUCUCUGGUCCGCUCGCAGCCCGGGAGUACGAUGCCACCGUUGGGGAACUCUUGGUUUUGAGCAUGCACCAGCAAGAAGGGGCCUGGAUUGCCCGCGGUCACUCUCUCUCUCUGUCUCCCUCUCUCUUAUACAACUCCAAAAAAUGAUGUCAUUCGUUACUCUGAACACAUUCAUUGAAGACGCCAAUACCAGAACCCCCCCCCCCCCCCCCCCCCCCCAACUCUGGAGGACCGCCUGGGGUCCCCAUAAAGGCUUCACCACCGUUGGACCCGUCGCUCUCUCUCGCGCGCUCGCUCUCUCUCUCUAGCACCCCAUGCUGAAAAAAGUGAUUCCUUGUUCUUUUGCUGGCUUUUUCGUUAUGGCUGUGUUCCGCUAAAGAAUUCCCCCCCCCCUUUGACAAAAUAUUAGAGUUCUCCUGUUGAAUCAGGACGUCAAACGGCAGUUAUUGUGUGCGGGGCGGGAAUGCCUGCCCCCACAUCCCCUCCCUCCCCCCCUGUUCAGUAAACUCUUAAUUUGGCUGUAGUGCUAGACGACCCCAUAAUCAAAGCAAAUUUAAAGUGAAGAAAGAGAAAGCACCCCACGACAAAGGUUAAAACGUGUAAAAAGAAUCUGAGCACUAUGUAUCAAUGUUUAAAGGGUUUAAAAGAAACAUAUAAAAGCAUUUCAAUGUUGUAUCUUAUGCAUGUUAAUAAAGGUAGGCUAUAUGACGGGAGAUGUGUUGGUCACGACGUGGACUGUCAAGGCCAGGCGGUGGAGACGGGGACUCGAGGAGAGAACGCCUGUUUUGGUUCCGUCAUGUUUUAGAGCGGUCGCUGGAGAGCUCAUAGUUUUAUGCCUACUCAAACACUUGUCUUCACGUAGCCUUGAAGUAUUGGUGCGAGGCUAAUGGUUGAUAAUCAACUCGUGGCUCUUCCUUUUUAAGUUCCCCCUUCAAUAAAGUUGCUUAAAUCAUAUAAUCCA